AAAGAAGGGGGUCGAGUGAUAAAUGGCAGAUAUGUGAGAGCAGAACUAAUAAACGGGCUCUGCCCGAUCACUAAAAUGGCCACCCCGAUCAGAACUACAGAUCACAAAAUGGCCGACUGCCAAAACUACAAGUCCCAGAAGCAAGGGGAACCCUCAGAAGGUGGAGCCGACACACAGAUAAAGGGUCAAGAAAAACCAGGAGGAGGGAUUGAGGGGUGGAAGGAUCUAUGAACCGUAGAGAAAGAGACAAUAGAUAUUGGCUGGAUUUACCGUGUAUGAGCUGGACUGUUUUGGACUUACCUGUUGGCGUUUGGACCUGGACAUACCGAGAACCCGAUUUGUGUACCGAACCCUGCUAUCCUUGACCUUGCCUACGACCUGGGUGGACCAUGACGGAGAAACAAACACACAGGUCCUUCAGAGUGAGACGGGAGCGCUGGAACAGGAGAGACUCAUCUGCAACAAAGAUGGAGACCGAGAGGGAAGUGACCAUGAUGACAGACAGGAUGACCAGUGUUAUGGUCAUCAGGAACACCAUCAACGCUAUCCCAAUGCCUCUCCAGUUAUGUGGAGGACCAUGGUAGGCCACACCAUUCUGAUGGAGAAAACACACAUACCGCAUGGAUAUGGCAUGAUGCAACACUCCUGCUCCAGGAAUACCUGGGGGGUCCCACUGCUUCAUCAAGCCCCCUCCCACACACUCUCUCUUAUGCACACACAGACACAAACAUUGAUACUGACUGGCUGUACAUCCAGGAGCCUGAGAGGCAGAGAGAGCGGCAAGUUUUCUAUCUGAGUUACAACAAGAGGAGAGCGGCAAGUUGCAUACAUUUUUUUUAUGCAGCACCACCACCAUCCCUCCUGCACUUUCUCCAGUCCUGGAUGAAAGCUAGAGACUGUGUGGGACUCACAGAGGAGGAUGAGUUCUGCGGAGGAGAGAAAGGACCAUGACAUGCACUGUGAGAAGGCGGUGGCCCUCAUCAUUGACCUCUGUCUGGACGACAGCUCACUGUUGCAGCCCAACACCUGCCAGGACUUCAUCACACUGCUGGCCACCAACCCAAACUCUGCAUGGUCAGAUAUCUCCUUCAGCUUCCUGCUCCUGUUGUUCGUGGCCUGUGGCCUGGCCCUGCUGGGCAUCAUCGUCUUUGCCUCCUGGAAGCUGUGCUGGCUGCCCUGGCGCACCAAGGACCUCUCCUCCAGUGCCACCGCCCUUGCCCCCGCCGCCGGCCCCCCCUCCUCUGCCUCUGACAGACCCUACGACAGAGCCUUCUUAGCACAUGCCCACAGGCCUACAUUCGUACGCGCACACACGCAUGUGCACGCCAUGGCGUCUGACAAGCUGAAUCCUUUGGAUUCGGCGAGUUUCCUGGAGGCGGCGGUGAAGAUCAGCCACACGUCACCUAACAUCCCUGCCGAGGUGCAGCUGUCCAUGAAAGACCACUUCCUACGCCGCACGCGCAUGGCCAGGCAGACCACCGAGCCUGCCUCCUCCAAUAGGCACAGCUCCUUUAAGAAGCACCUCCCCCGACAAAUUCAACAUGUCACCAGCCUUGACCGAGGCAGCGACUUCCCCUAUGCAGAGGACCAAUCCACCAGCCUGGCCAGUUUGGGUCGCAUCCAGCCAGAGCUCUACAAACAGAGCCCCCUGGAGGCCGACGAGUCCUCCAAGACCUGUGGCAAGAUCAACUUCUCCCUCAAGUACGACUAUGAGUACGAGGCGCUCUUCGUCAACAUCCUCAAGGCCUUUGACCUGCCUGCCAAGGACUUAUGCGGCAGCUCCGACCCCUACGUCAAAAUCUACCUCCUGCCUGACCGCAAGCACAAGUUCCAGACCCGCGUCCAUCGCAAGACACUCAACCCCAUGUUUGAUGAGUCCUUCCAGUUCACAGUGCCCUACGAGGAGCUGGGCAGCAGGAAGCUGCACCUGAGCAUCUUUGACUUUGACCGCUUCUCCAGCCACGACAUGAUCGGCGAGGUCAUCCUAGAGAACCUGUUUGAGGCGUCGGACCUCUCUCGCGAGACGGCCAUCUGGAAGGACAUUCAGUACGCCACCUCUGAGAGUGUAGACCUGGGGGAGAUCAUGUUCUCUCUCUGUUACCUGCCAACCGCAGGCCGACUCACCAUGACCAUCAUCAAGUGCAGGAACCUCAAGGCCAUGGACAUCACAGGAUACUCAGACCCAUAUGUCAAAGUCUCCCUGGAGAGUGACGGACGGCGCUUGAAAAAGAAGAAAACCACCAUCAAGAGGAACACUUUAAACCCCACCUAUAACGAAGCUAUCAUCUUCGACAUCCCCCCUGAGAACAUGGACCAAGUCAGCCUGUACAUAUCCGUCAUGGACUAUGACUUGGUGGGACACAAUGAGGUCAUAGGUGUGAACAGAGUCGGCAGUCAUGCAGAGGGGCUGGGUAGAGACCACUGGAACGAGAUGUUGGCCAACCCCCGCAAGCCCAUCGCUCACUGGCACCCUCUACUGGAGGCCACCAAGUCUCAGAAAGAGUGGAAAACCCGCACUGCAAGCUUUGACAGCCAAGGCUCCUGUCCCUCUCCAAGACUUCUGUCUAGUCCAUGAGGGAGGAGCCAGAAUGUAUUCUACACUACUCUACGAAGCCUGCCCUGCAGCAAGGCCUGAAAUAUUGGAGUGUCCCAGACCCUGUGCCUCAAAAUAAGUAAAGUGCAGUAAGUUAUUCUGGAAUAACAGUCGGUUUACACUGGACAUUAUCUCCCCAGCACACAGACAAAGAAAUACAGACAAACACACACACACAUUUCUCUUGUUCCCUCUUGGACAGCCACUUUGUCAUGGAAUGUAUAGUGUGUACUGGGUCUGGUGGGAUCAGUAUUAUUGCAACAAUAUUUUUGCAGUUGAGCUCAGCCUGGUGUGUUUAUACAUCUGAGGUUAACAUCUAUGUGUAUCUGCUGUAGUGUGGUCAGGGCGUUAUGGCAGUCUUGUGAACAUACAGUACAACAUCAUAUUAAAUAGGUAAAAUGUUAUAGUUGCUGCUGUUGAGUGCAGGAUGUUCUUGAAGUACCCUACGACCCUCUUACAGCAAGUCCAAAACAAUCAACAGGGUAUUAUGAAGUGAACCAUUUUAUACACAUUUGUAUUGUUACUUAAAUAAUUGUUGGUUUACUACAGUGGAUGUUCCAGGAUGAUAAGUGUUUCAUCCCUCUACUUUAUUUUUAUUUGUUUUAUGUACACAACAUACACCAUACCUGGCCAUCAUAUAUUUUUGACGUCUUAAGUGUAGCUGCAUUACGUGCUAAAUACGUAGCUAGCAUCAUUACAAAUAAUGUGGUUUGGUUUGUGGCGGUACUGUUAAAAUUACACUGUAGGUAUGGACUUAAUGUACAACAGUAUAUGUAUAUAAUGCCCUUUGAUACUGACAUCAAUAAUAUCACUGUAUUUAGAAUCACAUAUUUCUUAUAUUAUCCACAUGAUUAUCCCCCUGAACAUACUUUUCUGUUUCAAUUUCACAGUGACUACAACUUCACUGCUCUGUUUUCCUAUUACCUGUGAAAUGUUUGCCAAUAGUCUCCUGUUCAGGCAAUGUCAUGUACUUUGUUGAGGGACUUGGCUUGAUCCUUGACUCAUUUGCAUCAUCAGCCUUCUGAUAAGAGUUUAAAAUAAGGACUCCUGUUUUUUCCAAGCAAUUUAGAGUAACUUUCCACUUUGUAUUGAACAUUUGUAUUUGUAACAACUGUUUCCAGGCAUCCCUUGUAUUUUAAAGAAAUUACAAUAAAGUUGUUGAUACUG